AAUGGUCAGGCUGAGCAAAUUAAUCUUUUUACUACUUUAAUUUGGUCGCUUAAAACUUUUCGGCAGCUAUGCCUCGAUAGCAGCAUCUUAUUCAUUCAUGUGACUUGAGUUAAUUCACGGUGGUAGAGUUUAAUCCGAUUUUCUGUGUAGAAUUGUGAAAUAUUUAUCAAUGAGGAAAUCCUACGGAUAUAUACAAGCACGUCUGGAUUUGAGCUGAGUAGUAUGUGAAAGUGGCACAUUUCUCUGGGUGGAAGAUGAACAGCACAUUACCAGACGGACAUAAGGUGGUCAAGAAACCUUUAAAAAGCCCAGUCAAGGCAAGAUCAACAAAUGAAAAUGGGCAUGUUUUUGUAGAGCCACAAACACCAUUAAAAAACUCAGGGAAAGCUUUGAUAUCUGAAGCUGCAUCAUUGGAGAGCCAUAAGAUCAUGGGACCUCUGACAACACCCACUAAGGGCCAUGAGGCCCCAUCCAGUGAGCCUUGGACACCCACAUCCAAUCUGAAAAUGCUCAUCAGCGCAGCCAGUCCUGAAAUUCGCAACCGUGAAAAAGAGCGUGCUGUGGACAGCGGCGAAUCUGAAAACUCACAGGAGCUAGAGCAAGGGGAGGAGGUCGAAAAGCAUCAAAUAAGUCGUAAAGACAAAAGCUUGGGUUUGCUGUGUUUCAAAUUUCUGGCAAGGUAUCCAAAUUACCCCAAUCCUGCUGUGAACAACGACAUCUGCCUCGACGAUGUGGCAACAGAACUGAAUGUAGAACGUCGUCGCAUCUACGAUAUUAUGAAUGUCCUUGAAAGUCUAAGCAUGGUCAGCCGAUUGGCUAAGAACCGCUACACCUGGCAUGGGCGGGCAAAACUCGCACAGACACUUUCUGUACUCAGACAAGCCGGCAUAGAGAACCGCUACGAACAACUCAUGCAACAGAUCCGUCAAAGGAGCCUAGAGCGAGAAGAGAGGGAGUUCGACUUGGAUGGGGAGGAAAAGGAGAAUGAAGAAACGGCUAGUUUUGAUAUGGAUGGAGACUCUGGUCAAACAGAUCUUUCGGGAAUAGAUCCUAAAGCAGCUGCAGCAAACAGUCGAAAGGACAAGUCUCUGAGAGUGAUGAGUCAGAAGUUCGUCAUGUUGUUCCUGGUGUCCAGCCCUCCUGUGGUUAGUCUGGAGAUUGCUGCCAAGAUCCUCAUCGGAGAAGACCAGGUGGUGGAUCAGGACAAAAACAAGUUCAAAACUAAGAUCCGCAGACUUUAUGACAUUGCAAAUGUUUUGAGCAGCCUAGAGCUGAUAAAGAAAGUGCAUGUGACUGAGGAUAGAGGUAGAAAACCUGCUUUCAAAUGGACCGGGCCAAAUGACUUGCCAUCUCCAAAAAAUGUGGAGGUCUCCACUUCAUCAUCAGCAUCAAGGCCUCUAGAGUCUCGGUCCUCCAUAGACAAUUGUGCUAAAAAUCUCUUUUCCUCACCUGGAACAAAACGAGGUUUUACUCGCCAUCGUUCCUUGGUCAAGCUGGUCAAGAGCAUACAGGACGACCGCAGAAAAAUUAAUUCUGCGCCAUCUAGUCCCAUUAAAACAACAGGUGAUUCUGCAAAUGGUGAGUUCUAUGCAAGCAAAAUGGCCCACCUUGCUGCCAUCUGCAAAAGGCAACUAGAUGAGCAGUCCUUGCAACCCAAAAGAGAGGUGUCAGAGUCUCAGAAUGGAAGGCCUUCAGUAUCAUCUGUACCAUCUGAAUACACUUCUGAUAGCGAUCAUCAGCAUAAUGGGACUUCAGGAAUGCAGAUCCCAGUUCUGCCUGCAGGGGCGAUCUCGUACCUUCCGGCCAAGUGCUCCCCCGUCAUCCCUGUUCUGAUACCUCAGCAUCAGACGGGUGGAUCGUAUGCUGUUUACAUGCACCCCACCUCUCUCAGACCGCUGCCCACCAGCCUAGCCGUGCGUUCAAUGACGUUUGAGAGCCCAGGGAGUGCAAACACAAAAACAUCACCCCCUGCCAUGAGUAGUGCUAAUCAAACCCUCCACCCAUCAUCACAAUGUCAAGAGCCAACGAGUCCCCCGAACCUUAAACGAGCAUGUGGAGAAAAGAGCUUAGAGGGGAGUCCGUCCAAAGUCCAACGGACAGAGCCAAAGAGCGCUUCUCCAAAGCUGUGUGAAAUUCUCCAAGCUCGUCUGAAGGCCCGUAGGGGGGCUUUUCUCUCUAACCGCCCUUCCGCGAGAGCCCUGCAUCUGGAGUUCUCCAAGCCCUCUGAGAGCCAGCCUUCAUCGUUACCCGUCAGCGCAGCACCUCUGGAGCACAGCGUGGAAACCUUCCUGGAGAAGGAGGACAAGGUUCAGACCUCAGACAAUGAGGCAGGACUGACUCCAGUCAGACCACCACAAUCACAGGCCCAGAAACUCAGCGUUCCGAUGCAGGAUGUGGUGCUGCCCUCAGGACCUAUACAUACUGAGACUUUGAUCCCUGCAGGUUAUUUGAUCCCGAUCAACCAGCAGUCUCUCAUGAGCUUUAGAGAUGCACAAUGCUCCACUGCAGAGAGCUCCAAUGCUUCCACUCCAACUUAUAAUGUCUACCACACCCCAACAGCAGGUUCCCGACACGUUCUUCCUCAAGAAGUCACCCCCACCCGCCUCCCUCUCCAUCGAAUACCUCCUUUCUCUCCGUUCCCUCCUCACGGCCAUCGUAUCCACAGUCCCAGUCCUGCCAUUCUCAACUUCACCCUGCAAAACCUAGGUCUUAUCCCUGGCACAACCACACCAAACUCUACUCCAGAGCAGGCCAGCCCCAUGCCAUCCCCUUUCCCAGGCCUGCCACCACGGGGCAUGAUCUUUGUGAAGCCCCUCUCUCCUGCUCGAGCUCUGCAACCAGCCUCAAUACAUGGGCAACCCGUCACCCUCAUCAGCAUACCCCAGGCUUUAGUAACCACACCCAAAGGCAGUCAAACCCUCCAGCAGAGUUUCUUCCACACCCCCAUCUCCUUCCCUACUGUAACCAACACCACGGCACCACGAAACAUCUACAUCCCUCAGAGAAAGCUCGAUAUAAGUCCAGAAGACACACGGGGAGAAUACUGAGGACAACCACGCCUGCAGUCCUUAUGCUGCUAAAAAUCACAGUUCAUCUGUUUGAGCCUGUGUGUGUUUGUGUGCAUGCGUGUGUCUUCUGAUCGGUGUUUUAUGUUCACCCCUUUACUAUUAUUUUACUAUAGGGUCUGCAUUAACUUCAUGUUUAUCUGUGGUUCUCAAUGCUUUUCUUGGUGCUGAGACUUUGAUGAAGGCAGGAGAGCAUGCAAACAUGGUGUUACUUUUUAGCAGGAAGGAAGUUCAGGGUCUAUCUAAAAAUAAAAGCACAAUCCAGGUGGCCUUUCAAAAUAAGGUAUUGCCUCAAAAAUGCUGUAAAUGCAUAGUUAGAAAAGGACGAAUGAACAAAGAAAUGGUGCAAAGAAUUGUAUUAAAUGGAAAACUAAUUUCAGGGAUUCUAGGAAUUGCCAAACCUUUAAUUGUUUAUAAGAACCACAGAAUAUUAAAUUGCCAUACUUUGGUAUUGUUAUGAUAUAUUAAUAUGAGAGAAUGUUGUUAGAUUGAGGGUGUUAUGAAAUAUUGUAGAUGUAUUUUAUGUUAAUGAAAUGUAGUAAUAUUUCAAUCUGCAGAUCAUUUAUAUGAGCUUUCUCCAGUACAAUCUGGUUUCUAUGUAAUAAAGAUAAAUGAA